AUGUCGACCACCAAACAAAAGAAAAAACAUUUAAAAGCCGUCAGACCAAAACUGAGGUUGUUCAGGGCAAAAGAGCCUCUGUUCAGUGUUUUCAUGUGGGGAAUCAACCAUUCGAUAUCUGAGCUCACACACGUCAGCACCCCAGUUAUGUUAAUGCCAGAUGAUUUUAAGGCUUACACGAAGACAAGAGUCGACAAUCACAUGUUUAAUAAGGAAAAUAUGCCUAGUCAUUUCAAGUUCAAAGAGUACUGCCCUAAUGUAUUCAGGAACCUAAGGGAGAGAUUUAAUGUUGAUGAUGAUACUUAUUUGAAAUCCCUAACUAAAGAUUGUCCCCAGGAUUUGAAGACGAACGCCAAAGCAGGAAGCAGCAGUCGGCCGAUGCAGUCGUACGAUAAAAUUUUCUUCAUCAAGACAAUAUCGAGUGAACAAGUUGCUGAGAUGCAUAGAAUACUCAAGGAGUACCACCAGUAUAUAGUGGAGCGCCAUGCAGACACACUGCUCCCCCAAUAUUUAGGGAUGUACCGAGUUUCUAUAAAUGACUCAGAAACUUAUUUGCUCGUUUCAAAGAAUAUAUUUAGCAGACGAUUUACUAUACAUAAGAAAUAUGAUCUGAAGGGUUCGACAGUCUCUAGACAAGCGAGCGACAAAGAAAAGUCGAAGGACCUGCCCACCCUGAAGGACAACGACUUCCUCAGCGACAGGCGCAUCAUCCAGGUCGGUCAGGAGAAACGUGAUAAGUUGCUCACAACUCUGAAAGCUGACACAGAGUUCCUGGCCAACUUGAGCCUCGUCAACUACAGUUUGGUGGUCGGCAUACACGAUCGGGACAGUGACGAUGCCGAGCCACUGGUCCUUUCGUCUGACAACGACCUCGAGGACGACGACGACGACAACAAUACGUCAUCUCCGAGCGGGCGGGGCGACCCGACGCCCCCCGAGAGCCCUCAGAAUGUUCGGAGCUAUCCGGGUUACGCAGACGGCGAGUUAGACCCCUUUCUAGAACCGUUCGGGAUUAAAAGUUGCGAAUCUUGCCCACGGCCGGAGAUAUACUUCCUGGCGAUAAUAGACAUCCUAACCCACUACGGUGUCAAGAAGUCCAUAGAGCAGACAGCAAAGACAGUUAAGUACGGACCCGGAGCUGAAAUAUCGACCGUGGCCCCGGAUGUCUAUGCUAGAAGAUUUCAGGAAUUCGUCGAGAGGAUAACCGAGUGA